AUGCUAAAUAGGCGCCAGUUUACAGGUGGACGUGAAGCGAUGAUGGUCGUGAGGUGUCUUUUGCUGUAUUUGGCGUUUUGUUUAUCGAUAUGCAAAGCUGAAGAUGUUUCUUCAGAACCUGUGGUAGAAAAGCAGAAGCCGUCAUUCAAAAAUCCAACUGUCCCCAAUAGUGCCUACCUUGCUCUGUUCUUUAGCUCCCCAUCAGAUAUUACUGAGAAACUUGUAGUCUCCCAGGCACGCAAAGAUGGUAUGGACGAUUCUAUUGCUAAAUAUGACGGUGUUUGGUCUGUUGAAGUACCAUACACUAGUGCGGUAGAAAAAGACUACGCACUGGUUCUCAAGUCCAAGGCUAAACACCAUGCUGUCUCAACAAAGCUAUCGAAACCAAUAAAGUUUGAUACUAAUGAGCUUGUUAUUCAGUAUGACGUCAAGUUCCAAGAUGGAAUCGAUUGUGGAGGUGCCUACAUAAAGCUGUUGAGUGCCUCACCAAAUUUGGACUUGAAACAAUUCAACGACAAGACACCAUAUACAAUUAUGUUCGGUCCUGACAAAUGCGGACUUGAAAACAAAUUCCAUUUUAUAUUCCGGCACAAAAAUCCAAAAACUGGUGUAUACGAGGAAAAGCAUGCAAAGAAAGUUGUUCCUGAACUGGAAUCAUAUUUUACCGACAAGAAAACACAUCUAUACACACUAGUCUUACGUUCGGAUAACUCGUUUGAGCGGUAUAUCGACCAAACAAAGGUUCAAAGUGGCAAUCUUCUUGAUGAUUUUGAUCCGCCAGUUAAUCCUCCCAAAGAAAUUGAUGAUCCUGAGGAUAAAAAGCCGAUUGAUUGGGAUGAAAGAGAAAAGAUUGUCGAUACAAAUGCUAAGAAGCCAGAUGAUUGGGAUGAAGAUGCUCCGGCAACCAUCGAAGAUGAAAAUGCUGUAAAGCCAUCUGGGUGGCUUGAUGAUGAACCAGAGAUGAUUCCAGAUCCUUCUGCAGAACCCCCGAAAGACUGGGAUCGUGAGAUGGAUGGUGAAUGGGUUGCACCACAAAUAAAUAAUCCUAAAUGUGCUGGUGCACCUGGGUGUGGUAAGUGGCAUCGGCCUCUUAUACCAAAUCCAAAAUACAAGGGCAAAUGGUCUGCUCCAAUGAUUUCUAAUCCAAAUUAUAAGGGUAUUUGGACACCAAGGAAAAUUCCAAACCCUGAUUAUUUUGAAGAAAAGAAUCCAUUCAAAAGCUUAAGUGAAGUGAGCGCAAUAGGUCUAGAAUUAUGGUCGAUGACUGAUGGCAUUGCUUUUGACAACUUCCUGAUUGUUGACUCGAAGCGUGUGGCUGAUCAAUUUGCUCAAGAAACAUGGGCAGUUAAAAGGGAAGCUGAAAGAUUAGCCGAUCCAAAAGCACAAAGUGUUGUGGACGCUAUACGCGAAACAUAUAAUGAAAAACCUUGGCUCAUAAUUGUGGUCGGCCUUGUUUGUACAUUACCUAUUCUUCUCUGUUGUAUCUACAUGUGUCGGUCACCAUCCAAACAUCACGACAUUGGAAUGCGCAAGAAGACUGAUACAUUCACACCGGACGACUCUCAUCUAUCUGCUAGUGAAAGAAAUGCAGAAACUGAAGAAUUAGAAGAAUCUGGUGAAGAAGACAUUGUUCAAGUUCCUAAAGGCUCCGGUGACGAAUCAAUCGCUAAUAAGACAGGAAGUAGCAGAGAUAAUUCUGGAGAAGAAACUCCUGAUGAAUCUGGAGAAACCGAGAAAGCUCCGGCUGCAAAACAAUCAAUUAGAAAACGACGUUCACGAAAGGAAUAA